CGUGGAUGCUAGCGGCCGCCUGUAGUAGUUCGCCUCCUGAGAGAUGACUAGUGCAGCAUGUUGGACCGUCAAUGUGCUCUAGUUCCAGCUGAGCGCAGUUUCCGGGCACGGAGAGCCUGAGAGCCCAACCUGCACCUACAGCCCGGUCACUGGAUCCAGUGAGUGCCAUGACAGCCAUUACACUGCACGUGUCCCAGCAGGCUCCUAGUGGAUCUCAUGGGCCCCUGGGAGCCUGGAUAUGGGGGCCCUGAGAGCUGGUUAUAGGGCCCCCUGAGAGCUGGAUAUAGGGCCCCCUGACAGGCUGGAUAUAGGGCCCCCUGACAGGCUGGAUAUAGGGCCCCUGAGAGCUGGAUAUAGGGCCCCUGGCAGGCUGGAUAGAGGGGCCCCUGGGAGCCUGGAUAUAGGCCCCUGGCAGGCUGGCUAUAGGGCCCCCUGGCAGGCUGGUUAUAGGGCCCCCUGGCAGGCUGGUUAUAGGGGCCCCUGCGAGCUCGAUAUAUGGCCCCCUGGCAGCUGGAUAUAGGGGCCCCUUAUAAGCUGGUUAUAGGGCCCCUUAUAAGCUGGUUAUAGGGCCCCCUGGCAGGCUGGUUAUAGGGCCCCCUGGCAGGCUGGUUAUAGGGCCCCCUGGCAGGCUGGUUAUAGGGGCCCCUGCGAGCUCGAUAUAGGGGCCCCUUAUAAGCUGGUUAUAGGGCCCCUUAUAAGCUGGUUAUAGGGCCCCCUGGCAGGCUGUUUAUAGGGCCCCUUAUAAGCUGGUUAUAGGGCCCCUUAUAAGCUGGUUAUAGGUGCCCCUGGCAGGCUGGUUAUAGGGGCCCCUGCGAGCUGGAUAUAUGGCCCCCUGGCAGCUGGAUAUAGGGGCCCCUUAUAAGCUGGUUAUAGGGCCCCCUGGCAGGCUGGUUAUAGGGCCCCUUAUAAGCUGGUUAUAGGGCCCCCUCAUAAACUGGUUAUAGGUGCCCCUGGCAGGCUGGUUAUAGGUGCCCCUGGCAGGCUGGUUAUAGGUGCCCCUGGCAGGCUGGUUAUAGGGCUCCCUGCGAGCUGGAUAUAUGGCCCUGUGGCAGCUGGUUAUAGGGCCCCCUGGCAGCUGGUUAUAGGGCCCCCUGGCAGCUGGUUAUAGGGCCCCCUGGCAGGCUGGUUAUAGGGGCCCCCUGGCAGGCUGGUUAUAGGGGCCCCCUGGCAGGCUGGAUAUAGGGGCCCCCUGGCAGGCUGGUUAUAGAGGCCCAGUGGCAGCUGGAUAUAGGGGCCCCUUAUAAGCUGGAUAUAGGGGCCCCUGGCAGGCUGGUUAUAGGCUGGUCAUAGGGCCCCAGGACAGACUAGUUAUGUGGCCCCUAGCAGCUGGUAUAGAGCCCCCAAUCUGACAGCUGCUAAAAGGCUCAGCCUUGACUGUUUUACACCAUUCCUGGUACUACCAGCCCUCACAGUCCCUGCCUGACACAGCAUUCCUAGUCUGAAAGCUGGCAGAGCUUCAUGGGAGCUGUAGUUCUUUAAAAUAUGGAGAGUCUACCUGUAGGCCUUUCUAUCAAGUAUGUGCCUUUGCCAUGCUAGUGGUGUCCUUCCUUGUUUUGUUUAUUUUUGUUUAAAGUUAUAUAUAGCGGAGUUGAAGCAUUACACUAGCUUGGAGUCUAACUUUUGUCUGCCUAUGAUAUGUGUGUGUCUGCGUUGCCAUGCUUGUGGUUACCUGUAUUGUUGUUUUAUUUGUACUCAUUUACUAGUUGAUGCCCACUGUGAUUUCUGCUUUAAAAAAAGAUGGAGGGAAGGGCACUUCUACCCCAACAGCUUUUGAAAGCAUUGUGUCAGAAUAUGUUCCAGUAUGAUUUUCUACACCUGUAACCGGCCAUUUAGACUAAUAUUGGCUGGGUUUCCUGGAACGUGUGGUUCCUGUAUUGCUGUAAAUGUGUAUAUAAUACUCAAAUUGCCCACUAGCCCUUGGUGAGUGUAAAUUGAGUAUGUAGUGACCCACCAGGCUCGGCAGUAACUGGUGAGAAACGUUUAGUCCCGGCUAGCAGUUCAGGAGUUGAAAUUUUGAGCUCUGUACGGAGCAGUUAUUGGGUCCUUUUGAUGUUUAUGUAAAUAACUCUACACGCAUGUGACAGAUCUAGCUCUAUAUCAUUCAUGGACAUUUUGCUUGUGGUAACGUGUUCAAAGAUACUCACUGAAAAAUGUAUUCUUGGGAUUGUUCACAAUUUAGCCCAGACUAGAGAAAAUGGGGGCAAGCUUUUCCAGGUUCAGUUUGGCAAUUUUGGUUUGAAAUUUUAAUUUCACUUUUAAUUUGUGACAUUCUAAACUCGCUUUGAUUUCAUUCGUGAAAUUCACACUGAAUUAAUUAAUCAAAGAUUGGCUGCCUAUAAUUUCUUAUAGCUAUGCUGCCAUUUCAUACACGUGUAAUUUAAAGUGUUUAUAGGUAUCAGUUGGAGUACAACUUUGGGGGUGAUGUACAAUUAGGUUGUGUAUACAUUUGGAUGGAUUAAUUUACUUGUGUGAUUUUAAUAUAAACAAAACAAGUUACUGUUACAUCCUUUCCAAAGAGGCUGGUUCAUUUUCAAAGAUUUAUCGGUCAGCAAUACUUCGUUCAGAAUGUCUCUCUUAACAAGAACAUUCUGUGUAAAUCUCCAAAUGUGGUAUUUACCAAAGACGGUUCAGCAGCACAUUAAGUGGACAGUCUAAGCACCAAAACUACUACUACUUAAGUGGUUUGGUGUAUAUCUGCUGCCUGUUUUUCAAACUAUGUAAAACAUUGCCCUUUCAGAGAAAAGGCAGUGUUUGCAUUACUUCCUAGGAACCCCUCUAGUGGCAGUCACUGAGACGGUGCUGGUCUCUACCCAACAAAUUCUUAAGAGCUCAUUCAUUCAAUUCACAGGAAUACAAUCAAACUCUUACAAACACUGUUGUUCUCUCUCUGUGUUACAAUCCCCUACAGCUACAGCCUCUCCCCCUCCAAUAGGUGUUCUCCUGCUAGUAUUUUUUUCUUGUAGCAAUAAGCAUAGUAUGUAUAAUGGCAGGCCUACAAGCUCCAUGCCCUCCUUUGCUCCAACAGGCAUUUCAUGGAGAUGCUAAACAUUCCUCAUAGAAAUGCAUUUAUUUAAUGCACCUCUAUGAGAAGAUGCUGAUUUACACAGUGCAGUGUCUUGCUGUGCUUGCGCAGUAGCCUCACAAUGCUUUCCUAUGGGCAAACAUUGGAUUGACAGAGAUCAUAAAGUUUGAUCCCAGCUCCAGAAUUGGAGUCGGCCAGUGCAAAACCAGAGUGGCGCUGGAAAAAAGGUACAUAAACUCACCUUUUUACUGCCGGAAGAGGGAGCCAGGGACCUAUACCACUAUAGUGUCAGGAAUGUAUGUUUGUGUUCCUUUAAGUAUAACCAGGGAACAAAUAAAGGGCAAGGGGGGGCAUUAACCAAACUAACAUUAGAGUAAUCCAGAAAGGCAAAUAGUCAUAGGAGGAGAUGAUGGAUUAAAAUGUAACUAUUAUUGCUGUCUAUUUAAAAUGAAUCGCUGGUACAUUAAAUGUAAUGAACAAUUGAAAUAAAUCACUGAUAUACUACAUAUAGUAAAUACAACACACACAAACAGAGCCAUCAUUCUCAAUCUAGCCAAAUCAAAACAGAAGUCGUGGAAUGAUGUAUCUAAUUAAUUAUAGAAUUGGCAUUGGAUUGCUUCUCUAGUAGUGUUGGGUUAGGUCUAUAAGAUAGCUGCUGUUCUUUUAAUAAAGCAGAGGGUUCUAACUCCCUAAUGGCUCUACCGCAAAGAAAAAUCAAAUCCAGGUUAGGCACUAGCAGAUCCCUAAUUGUGCCUUCGAGGACACCUAGCAUUUUCUAGAUAAUGGAACUAACUAGAGCUAAAAGGGUCUCUAGUCUUUUCAUUGAGGGCAACUAUCACAUAACCCUUAUUUUCUUAGGCAGCUAAGGCUAAUAUUAAGUAGACAGAAGCAGACUUAGAGGAGUCUUGGCUAAUGAAAUGUAAAGGCAAAAUAGAUAGCAGCUGCACAUACAUGGCUGUAAUCUAACAGUCACUGAAAGUCUAAAUCAUCAAAUUGUCCGUAACAGCAAUUCACGGGGCAGCAACGUAGCCCCAAAGCACGUUCUAAGAGCUGCUUGGCAGGCGAAAUGUGCGUUGGGGCUAUGUGGCUGCUAGUGAUCAGCUAACCUUUAUUUUCUUAGGCAACUUUGGGUAUGUGUUAGCUGCCCUCGAAAGGAAAGGCUGGGGACACUUUAUCUGUAGUUGGUUUCACUAUCCAGAAUCUUCUACAGGUUUGCUAUAGUGUUCCUUCUUAUUACUUGCUUUGCUUUUACAUAACCUUCCCCAUCUAUAUAGUUUUGUGUAUUUUUGCAAAGCUUAAUUUUGAAUGUUUAAAUGUUUUUUUUUUUUUUUUGUUUAAUCACAAACCUGCAUUGCAGCAACACACAGGUAUUCCAGGCAGUCUCAUAAGGGUGCAUCCACAAGUAUAUCUCGAAUACUGACUGGAGCCAUUUCUAGUAUAGAUAACGACUCUUCGUGUCACUGAAUAUUAGUCUUUCUCUCUAUGUGCGUGUGUAUGUGUGAGGUCGAUGCAGAUAUAAGUAAAAGGGGAAGUUUGCUCUGAGAGUGAUAGAGAGAUGCAUAUCAUUUGGAUAAUGAGUGGAAUUGUAAAGUGAAUAGAGUAUCUGCAUUUAGAAAUCAUGUGUUUGUCUAUUGAAGUGACUCUGUCACUUUCAAUGGCCAAGCCUGACAUCCUCUGGGCUAGCUGAGCAUCAUGGGAGUUGUAGUUCAUUUCCUUAAAUUGGCAAUAUAUUCUGCACAUUUAUUGCAUAAAGUGAUACAGGAAAAAGUGGGCAUUGCGUCGCUGGCACAAACCCUCCCAUUCUAGUUUCAUGCCUCUAUAUUGGCAUGGCUUCAAGCUGGUAGGCUGAUGUCUUGAUACGAGCAAAUGGCAGUGAAGUUUAUGUUCAAGGAUCACUAUGAAUUGUUCCAGCCUGAUUUGAAGCAGAAUAUAUUUAACCUUUCCUGCAGAAAGCUCAUUAUCUGUUAGCGCGGUUUAACACCCACCACGUCCUCCUGUUUGCAACAGCGAGUCACUUUUCCUACAAGAAACUGUUGCUGAGAGCUGCUAACCUUUGCGCAUUUUACCUGUGGCUACUUUUUUUUUUUUUUUUUUUUUUUUUACCCGUGCAACUUAUGGCCAUUCAACUAAGUUAUGUUACUUUCCCUUAGACUUUAAAGUGGAUUUGUAGCUCAACUUGUCAAUUUAAAGAAAAUGAGGUUUAGUAUAUAAGGCAAGGCUCAACAUUAUCACUAGCGAGGCUGCUAGCAAAUGUAUAAAAUAAAUAAAUGUAAAAAAAAAUCUAAAAUUGUACUCUCCCCUACCUGUCAGUCAAUUUUUGUCAGACAGCUCUAUACCGACAGCACGGUGAAGUGCAGGAGAACCUUUUGAGCUCGUACAUGUAAGUUGAGAUUUAUCAAGGCAUAAACAAGUGUGUAAAUACGUAAUAAACACUACUACCAUAUAAUAACAUUUAGCACUCUGUACCCCAAAUAGCACAUGAUUUACCUAAAUCCUAGCGCAGCUACACUGUACAGCUGUCUCAUAGCAUCAUACAUGCUAAACAGGAAAUUACAGACUGCCAUUAUAAUACCCUUUCUGUGCUCAGUGUAGAUUCAUUUUUGCUGAGACAAGCCUUGUUUGUUCUUCUGACUGUUAAAAUGUGAUCAAACUAGAUAAAUGUACUCUUUGCAUCAUAAAGCAGUGGUGUUAUGAGCUUUUGAUAUGUCAGAAGAAUGCAGGACCAGACCAUCAUUUUUUAAUCCACGUGGUGCCAUGUGUCUGGGGAUAUUCAUCCUUUUAAACAAUGUUUUGUGCUAAUUCAGUUUCUUGUUACAAAAACAAAAAAAAGCAGUGCAUAUUGAUACAAAAAACUAUCUUGUAAUGAUUAUGUCUUCAUUAAGUUGAAGCUCUAUUGGAGACUAUUAAUUAAUUUUAAUAUUUUUGUGGUCCUAAAGGUCAGUGAAUAAAAUGAUUUAUAGUAGCAAUCCUUUAUUUAUAAGUCAGAUUUAUUUAAAGGAUCACUAUAGUGUCAGGAAAACAAAGCGGUUUUCCUGACACUAUAGUGCCCUGAGGGGUCCCCCUCCCGUGGCGCUGAAGGGGAUAAAACCCCUUCAGCAGCUUACCUUAAUCCAGCGCCGGGCUCCCUCGGCGCUGGUGACCUCUCCUCCCCUGCCGUCACCGGAGUCGCAUGCGCGGCAAGUGCCGCACGCGCAUUCAAAGUGUCUAUAGGAAAGCAUUUCUCAAUUAACUGAUAUUAAGCUUAACAAAUGAACCACUGGGUAUGUAGCUUGCUUAGGGUUUCUAGAUUUUCAGACCUGAACAAACAUCCUGAAAAUUUUGGACGUAAGGCCAGAGCAUGUAGCAGAAUUGGGAGUGACAGUUUCUAAAACAAUGCAACCGAAAUUAAGACCUAAUAACUUCCAACACCUGCCCGUUAUAUAUCUAAAGGUUAAUAGACAGGUAGGCACUAUGGUAGAGGAGCGUUAGCGAUUCAGCCUAUGCCCGUCAUAUUGUGCGUUCUGCUCCGAUAUUGUGUGUAGCAUAUGUCCCACCAAUCAGCUCCCCACCAGCCCCAGACUCUUUAACAGUCCAGCACAUCAAUCUCAAUCUGGAUAUACAAGCAUAAACACUGCACAUACAGACUCCUACCACCAUGAUCACUUCAAAUCACUUAACUCAGGGCUCGACAAAUCCAAGGCGCCAGGUCCCCAUGGCGACUAGAAAUUUCACCCAAAGCGCACGGGAUUUAGCAUUUUGGCUAAAACGGCCGGCUGAACAAACUAUGGAGAUGCCGGACGCUUUGGGGGGCAUCAGGGUGGUCGGCUGAGGCAGUGCGCGAGCAUUGUUCUUCCUGCAGCUCCUCUCUGCUCCCUCGCGCUGUGUAGUGAUGCCUGGAGCCGGCAUAUGACGUCUUUCCGGCCCUGGCAUCACUACAAAGAGCAGAGAGGAGCUGCGGGUUGAUUACUGCUCCCUCGCACGCAGGAAGAGCGAGCACCCCCACUGGACCCCACGAAAAUAUUCAGUCAGCUAUGCCAAAGGUAGGGAGGCUGGGUGGAUUCAAAUAAAUUUAAAUUUGUGUGUGUGUGUGUGUAAGCCUCUGUCAGUGUGUGUUUGUGUGUAUCUGUUUAGGUACCUGCCCCCUUCCGAUCACAUGAAAGGUGUUUUUACUCACCUUUUUUCCCACGGCUUGUCUCGCCUCUAUAGCUGAGAAAGCAUUGGGAGAAUAUUAAACAUGUUCUCUAUGGGUAACAUUCAGCGGCUCCAUGUAGGGACUAUCGUGUCCCUUUAACCCCUUAAGGACACAUGACAUGUGUGACAUGUCAUGAUUCCCUUUUAUUCCAGAAGUUUGGUCCUUAAGGGGUUAAGAAUGGCAUUUCUCGUUGUAAAUUUAAAUUUUGCUAGUUUUGAAAAAAACAAAAACUGGAUCCUAGAUUCCAAACAAAUUUGUCGAGACCUGACUUAAGUGGACAUGGUGGUUGGAGUAAUCCUUUAAACAUGGGCUCUAAUGCGUACAGCUCACUGGAUAAUACAAUUUUGGUGUGAUGUGGUUAGUCAUGUUGCUUUGUGCUGUAAAAGAAAAUUGUGACUGUACCUCCUGUGUUUGUUUAGGCAAAACAAAGAAUCAGGAUAGCCAAAAAUUAGAUCCCUAGACUAUGGCAGAGCAUCAUGGGAUUUGUAGUUUUACAACCAUUCUGUGUCUACCUUCCAGCUACUGCUGCUUUAACCAAUUUCACACUUAAAGGACCACUAUAGGCACCCAGAUCACUUCAGCUCAAUGAAGUGGUCUGGGUGCCAGGAUCUCUAGUUUUAACCCUGCAGCUGAAAACUGAGGAACUGCUAUGUUUCACUGAGGGUUAAUCCAGCCGCUAGAGGCGCUUCCGCGAUUCUCACUGUGAAAACCACAAUAAGAUGCUGAACGUCCAUAGGAAUCCAUUGAGUAAUGCUUUCCUAUGGGCGGUUUGAAUGCGCGCGUGGCUCUUGCUGUGCAUUCGGAUCUGACGUCAGCAGGGGGAUGAGAGUUCCCCAGCACUGGAGAAAGGUAAGUGGUUGAAGGGGUUUUAAGUUAACCCCCUUAAGCCCAGCGGGUGGGGGGGACCUUGUUUUCCUGGCACUACAGUGGUCCUUUAAUUCACUCUGCAUUCACAGGGUCCCACAGACCAGACUGACUUGAUAGCUCCCCACUCAGGUCUCAAUACAUCGUGCAGGUAGAUAAAAUACCGUGAUUUCUGCUUUCUGUAUUACUCAGUGUUUUGUGACAUUUGAUAUCAAGGUGUCAGUUUUGAAAUUACAUCAGCAAUUUUCCAGCAAGCAGGGGGGCAAUUUUCCUUCCAGUUUUUUAGAGCAGAAAGCUGAGCAGGUUUUCUUUCUGUUUCACUUUCACUUUCAAGGCUCCAAAUUUCCACUAGCCAUGAGUGAGUAAAAAUUCAGCCGUGGUAAGGGAGUAUGUCAUGGACCCGCCACACUUGCAGUGGCAAGUAACUUUUAAGUAGUGUCUGCAGUAAACUCUCCCCAGAGUGAGAAAUGGCUAGUCAUAGCCCCCAUUGCUCAAAGAUUCCAUUGAACUGAGCAGCAGGUGUUUCAGGGACAACUAGUUCAGCAUUUUGCAGCUAGUUCAGUCUCAUUCAUGAAAUAACAUGAAUGGAACUUCUGCUCUUGUUUAUAGAAACCAUGGCACAGCUUCUUUCAUCCCCACAAUUGGCUGCAUCAGAUUUAUUUUUCAUGAAUGGAUGUAUUUCGAUCACGCAGGGAUCUUGUAUGGAGUGCACCUGUCCUUUGGGCAAACUCUACAUCUUUGGUUGGAGGAGAAAAGGAUAACCCUGUUACAUAUUUGACCCUGGGGAAUGGGCUACUUGUAGCUGCACCAGUUUUGAAAAUAUCUGCAGUUCUAAGCAACAAAGUGCACACAUGGGCCCUGCUUCCACUUGGGUAGAAGGAGUGUAUGUUAUGUUUGAAGAAUCUGUGUGAAACGUGUUUAUCUUCGUAAAAGAGACUGUCUGUGAUUUGUCACAAUAUUAAUAAAGGAAAUCUGGGCACAGUCAACAGCUCAGAACCACAUUCCUCUCCUAAUCCAAACUGAAGAUUGGCAAAAACAAAACUAUUAAGUAAGGCUUUACACCAGUUCUGGGUUUUACAAUGAUAUUUUCUAUGACAUUUUGGUGAAAACCAUGUCAUUUGGGUGUGAUCUGUUGUAUAUGCCUGAUAGUUAUGCUAAACACUAUAUCACAGUCAGAAUAAAUGCCAAACAUUUUCUGUUGCGGUGCCAUGGUAACAGAUUUCUAAAAUAGACCUUUAAAUGGUAGACAAAUUUUACCUCUCAUCCUUCGUACACAGAAUAUCAGAUUACAUUCUAAAUUCCAUUAAAAAUUAAGAUUUUAUUGGUUAUCUGUGCUGCUGUGUGAUUAUAUGACUAUAGUAGGCAUUUAAACACAAACUCCCACAUGUGUACCUUUUUAGGCAUAAUAUGUACGUCCACUAUGAGCUCAUGAAAUAAAAUGUUUGGUGGAAAUUGCAUUAAACUAAGCUUCCAGAUAAUAAGAAAAUGUUGUUUUUGGGCUUGUUAGGGAGGCAAGUUUUACUUAUUUAUUUUUCUCUGUGAUCGAAAGGUGUCCAUACCAAAUCAGUCUCUGUAUAUUUGUGUAUAAUUAUUUGUGGCAUGUAUAUAUUUUCUUUGCUUUGAGUGGUUGUCUACAAUCAUUUGCCAGUCUGUGGUGUCCGGUUAAUUGUGAGGGCUGUGGAGGGGCAAUAUAUUUAGUAUUGAUACCUGUAUCUGAAGAUUUUGUAAGCACCGCGCUAGAGCAAAACUAAGGUUUCUGUACAUUCCUGUGAGGAGAUGUAGUGGUUUCAGUCAGUCUGUGUGUUAGAUCAGUACCCCGCUCUAUCAUGGGCAGGGGAAACCAAAGACUUGUAUUUUUUAGUUUUUAUAGCGAUUUUUAGAAUUUAAAUUUUUAAGGAUUGUGACACCCAGUACGGGUUACCUGAAAUGUGGUGGUGAGAAUAAUAUAUGGUGGUUUUGGUGAGGAAGUAACCGGAAGUAGCUAGCAUCACACCAGUGAGUUACUAAUGGGUUCCAUUGAGCUGAGCGAAAAGGUGGUGAGGGACAUGAGAUGGAAUAACAUAGAUAAUAUUUUAGUAUAUUUUUUUAUGUGUGUGUGUGUGUUUUUUAUUAUUUAUUUUCUUUAUGUUUAACACAAAUAAAAACAAAUCAUGAUUUCCUUAAAGGACCACUAUAGGCACCCAGACCACACUUCAGCUCAAUGAAGUGGUCUGGGUGUCAGGUCCCUCUAGUUUUAACCCUGCAGCUGGAAACAUAGCCACUAGAAGCCCUUCCGCGAUUCUCACUUUGAAAAUCAGAGUGAGACGACGCUGGACGUCCAAAAGAAAGCAUGGAGUAAUGCUUUCCUAUGGGCGGUUUGAAUGUGCGUGCGGCUCUUGCCGCGCAUGCACAUUCUGAGCUGACGUCGGCUGGGGGAGGAGAGUUCCCCGGCGCUGGAGGUCUGUUUUAACCCCUUCAGCCCAGCGGGCUGAGAGUGGGGCUAAUAACCAUAUAAUGCCAGGGAAAACAAGUUUGGUUUCCUGGCACUAUAGUGCUCCUUUUAAGUCAUGUUAGAUGUAUUCCAUUUAUCUUAAAGGAACACUCCAAACACUAUAACAAUUGUUUAGAUUACAAGAAAUGUAUUAAAUAGACCACUAGAUGUGCCUGACCAUUUAUAAAUGUCUGCAGUGCCGUAUGCCAAGCAGUGGAAUAGAAAUAACUGUUCCACAUCGGUGGUUGUUGGGUACACCCAUUGCUUCCCUUUCCUGUGGGUCAUAUAAUGAUUAUAUUUCCUAUAGCAGGCAUAGGCAACCUUCAGCACUGCAGAUGUUUUGGACUACAUCUCCCAUGAUGCUUUGCCAGCAUUAUGGGUGUUAGAGCAUUAUGGAGGAUGUAGUCUACAACAUGUGUAGUGCCGAAGGUUGCCUGUCCUAGAGCAACCUACUUAUCCGUGGCAUCCACGACUCCGGUAAUCUGUGAAUCACUGACCAAUCUCUUGUUAACAAAUAUUCUAGUUACAGUGUAAUAAUUCUUAUCUCUCUGCAUUGUGCGUUUGUCGUAUCGUAUGCUUUUUAUGGUCUGUGUCAGCUCUGCACAAGGCGCUUUAUAUCUGGGAUGGCCAGAAUGGUAAGCAGAGGAUCAUGAGAGUUAUAGUUUCACAACAGCUGGAAUUGGUCAGCCUUGGCCUCCAUUCUCUAUGUUCCUUAUUGUGCAUUUGUAAAGGCCAUCACAUGAUUGGUUGUUCCUGUUCUUUCUAUGAAUACAGGUCUUGUGCUAUGUACUCUGUAUGAUCACAGCGUCAUGGGUGAUUCAUUGUUUCCAUCUGUUCACUGUAAGGGGAAGGGUGCAAUGCAGCUGCUGAGCUUGGGAUUCUAUACAUUGUCUCCUCUGGCAUUGGUGUUUGUGAUUUUGCAAAAUAGUGUGUCUCUCCAACCUGUAAACUCCACAGUGAAUCGUACUUUACCUUUAAAGCAUAAAGGUAAGCACACCCCAGCACCCAGGUAGCUGUAAAUAGACUGCCCCCUGCAUUAGGCAUACAAAUACCCUACGGUGUGGAAAUAGGCUUUGAUACAGAAUAUACUGAGUAUCAACUUCUCCUUGUGGUGAUUUACAAUGUUAAAAUAUUAUAACACAAAACAAUGAGGCAACACCGUAAACUAACCCACAGUUGGACAUGGUUCCUUACAAAAGACUGUAUUCCAAAAACCAUCGCCAGGAAAUAUAAAUAGUCAAGGAAUGCUGCCUAAAGACAGAACUAACUCUUACAGUUCCAGGUAAAACAUAUCAAAAUACAAAGAAGAUGUCUUGGGUGCAAAUAAAGUGUGCAGUGUGAACACCUAGCAAACUACAGAUAGUGUGAUAAAAUGUUACCUUAAAAAGGUUUGUAAAUUCAGUUUAAAACCCUCUCGGAUGGUAAAUGUAGAAGGGAAAUCAUACGAGAGAAAAACACAAUGGGGGAAAAAAUGGACUUGUAGUGUAGUAUUUAAAGGGACACUAUAGUCACCAGAACAACUACAGCUUAUUGAAUUUAUUCUGCUGAGUAGAAUCAUUACCGUCAGGCUUUUGGCUGUAAACACUGUCUUUUUAGAGAAAAUGCAGUGUUUACAUUACAGCCUUUGGAUACCUCCACUGGCCACUCCUCAGAUGGCUGUUAGAGAUCCUUCCUGGGUCAUGGCUUCCUAAAAUGCAUCCAAACAUUCAGUGUCUCCUCCCUCUGCAUGCAGACACUGAACUUUCCUCAUAGAGAUUCAUUGAUUCAAUUCAUCUCUGAGGCGAUGCUGAUUGGCCAGGGUUAUGUUUGAAUUGUGCUGGCUCUGCCUCUUUGUCAGUCUCAGCCAAUCCUAUGGGUAAGCACUGUGAUUGGAUCAGGCUACCACUUCUGGUGAUGUCAGCAGACUGCUUUUUUUUUUUUUACUUUUUUUUUUAGGCAAACAGCACGCAGCUUCAGGCUUGAAUACAGUACGAUGUUGCUAUAUUUAUGGAGGCAUGAGAGGUCCUGGGGGGCUAGAUGGUGGUUUUAAUAGGGUCAGGAAUACAUGUUUGUGAACCUGACCCUAUAGUGAACCUGACCCUAUAGUGAACCUGACCCUAUAGUGAUCCUUUAAUACAAUAUAAAAAUACAAACUUGGCAAGACUUACAAAAAUGCAAAACAGAAAUUGAGCAUUGCACAGCAGGGGUCAACUUAUCUGUGGUACGGUGCACUCUGUGAAUUUGGAGAAUCCUUUUGAUUGCAAUCUAAGACGUUGAUAAAAUGCAUAAGAAACCAUUCCAAUGAGCUGGAAGGAUAGCAGUUUGCUAACCGUUCACCUCACAUUCGCCAGAAUUCCCUUGGAAUAUCUGACACUCCAUCCUUGAAUAGUAUCCAAUCAGGGAGCACAACCAUUAAUAAGAAAUGUUAUUAUAAGAUAGGUACAAAGAAAAUGGAUAUCUCACAAUACAUAUCAUGAAAGAUUCAAACACGAGUCGCAUGCUAAUAAUGUACAAAAAGUUAUCAAAAGUACUGUAGAAGCAUCAAAGCAAAACAAGUAGUAAUUAACCACCUAAAUAUCAAUUUAAUAAGUAAUAAAAGGAGAUAUCAUAUCCUAACAGCCCAUCUAAACACAAAAAUAACUAAUAAAUGACAGACAAAUGCAUACCAGAAUCAGUGAGAGGAGGGAAGAAAAAUCAAUAAGCAAGCCCCCAACAUUUUGGCAAAAGAUGCCUUUAUCAAGAGGGAGGGGUGGUGGCUGCGAGGAGGUGGGGGCAGAGAAACACUAGUGUUAGGAAUACAGCUUUGUGUUCCUAACACUACAGAGUUCCUUUAAGUAUCUGGAAUGUCUGUGAUAAUAUAGCUUUGUCCGAAUCCAUGUUGAUACCAUAGACACUUGUUGGACAAAUUUAUAUGAAUCUCAGUUUAUUUUUUAAAUUAUGUAUUCUUUAAAAAAAAAAAAUAUAUACUCCCCUUCUAAAGUGCUUUAUUUAAAAAAAUAAAUAAAUAAAAAAAAAUAAUAAUUCUUGCGCAAUUUUAAGGAUAUUUCCUAAAUAUAGUCUUAACAUUUUUUUUAUUUUUAUUUUUUAUACACAUUGGUCAUAACAAAAACAAAUGAUAAAGUUUUAUUUUUGUACUGUUGGAUGAAGAGUCUAGAAUUCUCAGCGUUAGAUUUAUCACAGUCAGUGGGCUGAAGACUGACCUAAAUCCACACAUUGAACCAUUAUAAGAUUUACUAGAAUUUCCCAGCAAACGACAAGCCAGGGACACAGGAAUUCAUCAGAAUUAAAUCUGGGCAAGAUUCCAAUUGUAAUAAAGAUUCUUCUGGGACAUACUACUAUUCCUUCUGGUUUAUAGUCUUCCUAAGUGUUUAUAUAUAUAUCUCCAGUUUAAAAGUUGUAAUUAUGCACAUAGUAGGUUUCUAAAUAGUUUUUUUUUCUUUCUGUGUCUGAGAUUCAAGAUAAAAAUACAUGGAUUCCUCUUAAUGCAUUCUAAUCAAUAGUAUUAAUCAUCAAUCUAAACAUCCAUAUGGGCAAAAAUUAAAUGGAAAAAUGAUUUUAAUGCUAAUUGAACUACUCUGUUAAUGCAGUCAUCACAAGGAAUGGUAGCAUGGGGUGGAACCUAAAUGCCCAUGGUAUCUUGCUGUCACUGGGACAUGCAGUGUACAUAAAACAAACUGUGAAAUUAUUACUCAACAUGAUAUAUAGGAUAUUAAAGGAACACUAUAGCUUUGGGAGUAUAAACAUGUAUUUCUAAUGCUAUAGUGUUCUACCCCUAUUUAGAUUCUGGGGUUCCCCCCCAAAAGUAAAUGGAGGGGGGAGGGGGGGAAUUUGACUUACUUUUUCCAAUGUGUCUCAUAAAGCAACAUUGGACGAGAAGCAUGUCUGGCAAGUGCAAUGCUUGUCCAGUCAAAUGCUUCUCAUAGGGAAGCAUUCAAUACAGUUCUUCCCAAAGAUCAGCGCCAGGACCUUGAAGAGUCUGACUCUAUUAUGAGUGCGGAAGCGCCUCUUGAAGCUGUUGGGUAGACCGCCACUAGAAGUGUGUUUAGUCCUGCAAUGGAAACAUUGCUGUAUCUUCCAAAUGAUAAUGUUUUAGAUUGCAAGAAUAAAAACAGGGGCACUGCACCCAGACCACUUUAUUGAGGUGUCACUUUUAAUGUUAAAGUUUAUAUAUGUCCCUAUAUAUUUAUAUAUAUCUUUUUUAAUUUUUUUUUAUUUUCUUGUUUUUGUUUAGCUUAAUGUUUCUUCAAAUAUGAAUAACGUGGGUCCAAGAUUAGGAUGUGUAUAAAUUUCUUCAUUUAGUUUAUUUUAAAUGAUUACAUUUUUAUGUUUGCAGGUUGGUGACAAAUGUCGGCAACCGAACCUCCAGAGAAUGGGCCACCUGAUUCCUCAGACGUACCCCACGGCAUCUGUAAGUUAUCUGUCACCUGUUCUGUGCAAACCUUAAAAGCAACCCAAAUACAUACCUACAAAAUGCUGACUGCUAGAUAAGCUUUAUCAUUUUACUUCUGCUUUAUGCUAUUCCAUCUGUAGUUACAAAUCAAAAGUAACAUUACUGAUAAAGACUGAUACAUUAAUGCACACACACAAAAAAUCUUUUGUUUAUUUUCAACCACAUUUAGCAGAGUCGUGUAAUUUACAACUGAUGUAGUGAAGGCUGCAUUGGGAUACUUGCUCAAUAUUUUCCCUGGCAGGCAAUAAAUAUUAAGUUAAAGUGAAUUUCAAAUUUAAGACCAGAGUAGCCAAAAUGAACGCACGUACAGGUUGUUUUGUUUUCAUCUCUCUCUAGUUUGGCUGUUUUGACCUUUCAUUUGAAAUUCACUUUGCAUUCUCACUUCAGUAGAUGAAAGAGUCCGUAUAUGUUUGGUAGAUUAAUAUUUAUUAAUAGAACCCAUGCGCUGAUUAUCACGCACACUUGCAGAGGGCAAUGAGCUGUACUGCGCCUUACCCUCCCAUGUUGUAACCAAAUAGGACAUUAAAGGUACACUAUUGUCACCAAAACAACUACAGUUUAAUGUAGUUAUUUUUUUUUCUGGUGAGUAUAAUCAUUGCCUUGAGGCAUUUACAUUCAAACACUGCUUUUUCAGAGAAAAGGCAGUGUUUACAUUGCCCCCUAGGGAUGCCUCCUAGUGGCCACUCCUCAGAGGGCCACUGGAGAUGCUUCCUAGGGCAGUGCUGAACAGUAGGUAGCACUGCCAUUCAGCGUCUCCACACUCUGAAUGGGGACGCUGAAUUUUCCUCAGAGAGAUUCAUUGAUUAAAUGCAUUUCUAUGAAGAAGUGCUGAUUGACCAAAAUGGCGUUUGGCCCUGCCCUAUCCCUCCUCGCCGAUUUUAGCCAUUCCGAUGCUUUCCCAUAGAAUCCCAUUGGAUUGGCUCAAAUCGGCAUUCUGUCAUAAAGGAGGCGGAUCGCGGGUGGGGCCAGCACUGGCGGACCUGCACAGCACUGGAAAUAAACUGAAUUUUAAUUCCUUUUAAGGGGGCUGAUGUAGGUCAUGCCACCUAAAUGGUGGAUUUAACACUAUAGGAUCAGGAAUAAAUGGUUGUGUUCCUUUUAAAGUUUUAUCCCCACUUCCUUUGCAGCUGAUGCAGAUGCCUUUCGAAUCUUGUGGGAAAUGAAAAUGAAGAAAAGGCAGAGACAGCCCUCCCUUCCUGAAACGGUCACCCAGCUUACCACGGAGGAGGGCAGCAAGGUGUACAUUGUAGGCACUGCCCAUUUCAGUGACAGCAGCAAGCAAGAUGUGGUGAAGGUAACCGCCUGAACCCCAUUCAAAUUUUAGUUUGAAUCUGCGUAGCCAUUGUAAACAUUAAAUGACUGAUAAUGGCCAUAACAUUAAAUUUGUCUAACUCCAGCCCAGGAAGGGUUAAACAAUUGCCUUAUGCUGUCCAAGAAUGGGGUAUUAAUUAUUAGUACAAAUGGAACCAGAAGAAGAUAAUUUUGGCUUUAUUAUGACAAAUUAUGUGCCUAAAAUAUCAAUAUAUAAAAGUAUUAACAACUGGACUGUCUUCAAUCCAGAUUUGGUCAAGUGUAUAUUUUAUCCAAAAUAAUUCUGGUUUUGGCAAACAUAAUGACCUAAUCUUCAAUUAUGUCCUGUACUUUGAACAUUGUCUAUUGUGUGCUGGUAAGCAGAUUUAAAACUCCAUUUUAAAAUAGGAAGUUUGAAGAAUAUAUUUCUGGGACUCUCAUUUGUAGUGACUUGAAAACAUUAAUAGAGUUCUACAAUUCUGUUUUAAAGUGACUGCAAGUUACAUAAUUGUCUAUAUUGAGAAAAGACUAAAGCCCACCAAGACCAACUGCAAAGCCAGUUCUUUUAUGCUGUAGGUCAAAAAGGGGGCAAACAAUCCAGUAGUAGCCAUUUCCAAUUAUGCUACAAAAAGGGGAAAAUAAUCCUUCUUGACUCCAUAAUGGAAUCCAAUAUCUCCUUGGAUCAACAACCUGUUUACAUACAUAUCAUUAUAUUCUUGAAUAUUCUUUUUGUGCAAAAAAGCUCCUUGGAUUUUUUUUUUUUUUUUUAAAUGCAUUUUUUUGUGUUCUGAAAUAUCCUUCUUUAAAACUGGUGCCCAAAACUUGCACCGUAUAUUCAAGGUGAGGUCUUAUCAUUAAUUUGUAAAGAGGCAAAAUUAUAUCGUAUUCAAGUGAAUCAAUACCCCUUUUUAUACACUAAAGCUUCAUACUAACUUUUGCAGCUGCAGACCAGUAUUGCAUACUGUUGCCUAGUUUGUAAUCUAGAAUUAUUCCCAAGUCCUUUUCAUUUAAUGUUCUCCUUAACUCUACCCCAUUUAAAGUUUGACGUGUGUGUGUUCUUAUUUCAAAAUGCCUGACUUUGCCUUUAUCUGUAUUGAAUUUCAUCUUCCACUUGCCUGCCCAGUUCCCCAAUUCAUCCAAAAUACUCUGUAGAGAAGCUAUAUCGUGUUCAGACUGUAUUUUCUUACCUAGUUUUGUGUAAUCUGCAAACACUGACAAUUUACUUUCAAUGUCCACUUCAGUAUCAUUUUAUAUAAAUUAAAGAGAAGUGGACCCAGGACUUUUGAAGAUUUGAAUCAAAUCUACUGGAACACCCUGAAUUAUAUUUCUACUAACUUCAUAGAAUGCAAUUAAGUUGGUUUGGCAUUACCUGUCUUUCUUAAAACCAUGUUGAUUACUGCUAAUGAUAUAUUUGUUCAAAGUGAAUUCUAGAAUAUUAUCUCUAAACAGCACUUCAAAUAAUUUCUCCACCACUGAUGUUAAGCUCAUGGGUCUGUAGUUUUCAGGCUGAGCUUUUGAACCUUGGCACACCAGAUGUUGUGGACUACAUCUCUCUUUAAGGCUUUGCCAUUAUUAUUGCUUUGAGAGCUUUAUGGGAGAUGUAGUCUACGCCAUCUGGACUGCUGAAGGUUGCCUUCCCCGACUGUAGGCGUCAAGAGCCCCAGGUGUUGUCACACAAAUUCGAGAGUGUUUCAACAAAAUAUGAGCAGACUCAACCCACAACCUCUCUGCACAAUAACCAUUACAGUGAGCUGUAGGUAUGUGGUUUUACCAUGAAUCCAAACUGUCCAGGUGUCCUGAGCUUUCUUACUUAAUAUAUCGUACAUUUGCAGACUAUCCAGGAGGUCCAGCCGGAUGUGGUUGUUGUUGAACUCUGUCAGUACAGAGUGUCCAUGUUAAAGAUGGAUGAGGAGACAUUGCUCAAGGAAGCCAAAGAAAUCAACCUGGAAAAACUCCAUCAAGCCAUUAAACAGGUAAUUGUUUUCUUCGCAAUGUAUUUUACUAGACACAUACAAAGUGUAAUAUGGCUUUGUCCUCUCGCCAAUAAAAGACACUCUGUGCUUAGGGAUACACACACAAUUGACAUUCUGUGCAUUAUGACUAAUGACACCUCUACGAUGCUGCAGUUAAUCUCCAUAUGUGAAGUGUUGUCAAAGCAGAAUGCUGCACAUAAAGACACAAGGCAUCAUGACCACUUCAAAUCACUGGAGGAGGAGUCAUGCUUGGACUAACCCUUUAAAUAUUAACUUAAUUAAUAGUGAUGUAAUAAUGAGGGUGGGGUGUGUUUUCUACUAAAACAAAGUUAGUUGCUUAUUCUUUCUAAGAAUUUACAGAGGUCUACUGUUUGGACUGAAAUGUAAUUGUGCUUUGAAUGUAAAUAAAUUGGUAUGGUAAGGUGCAUAUUGAGUCAGACACACUGCACACAUUGCACUUAACAAAACAAAAGUAAAGUGACUGCACUCCCCUUGAUUGGCUGAGUUCCUCAUUUUUAUUUUUUCCCCACCAUAAUUCAGAUUGCUGCUUUAUAUUGAUUUAUUUAAGCUUGCUUUAUUGCACAGUAUGUUUGUAUAUUUAGAUAUUUCUUUCUCCUGCUAUUUUAAUUGCCUAUUAGAACUUAAAGCAGCCUCCUGUGUGUGAGAAAAGUCCAUUUAACAGAGCAGGAGAUCAGAAUGUCUGCCGAGGCAUAAUCUACACAACAAACCGCUUUCAUUAAAGGAUGACUCCACACUUCCAAAACCUCCUCGCCCCCUCCCCCCACCCCCCAACUCUGACCCUCCAAAAGUAAAAUUUAUAAAAGUGUGUGAUCUCUGAAAAGAACUCAGCACUUUUAUAAACUUGGGUAAAAUGAGCGUAUUCCUCACCCAUAAAGCACUUCAGCAAGCAGAAGUGCUUUUGGGGUGUGGGUGUUCCUCUAAAAACUCCAUCUGGCCAUUAAAAUAACAGGUAAUUUUUUUUUUUUUUAUACACUUUAUUUGCUUUGGCCUUAUAUUCUAAAUUCACUGUGAAUUCCUAACAAUCCUCAUUUUGGUGAGAAACCCUGUUUGUGUGACCAAUUAAAGACACCAGGGGUUGCUAUUCGCAUUUUAACAGGACUUUGUAUUGGUGGCUUAGAGAAUUGGAACUACAUAAACGUCCGACUUGAUGCUCUUCUUGAGUGUAUUGCUUUCUGUAUUGUUGUUGUUGUUGUUGUUAAGGUGUUGUUGUUAAGGUGUUUUUGUUGGGAUGUUUUACUUUUCAGGCCAGCAAAGUGCCCUUCUGCAAGUUUCACCUUGGGACAGACCUGUUCCGGUUACGUUCAAUAUUAUUUUUUUUUUUUUUUUUUUAAUACAUCCUGUAAAAGUUUUUCUACUUUGGAAGCGGUUAUGCAGUCAUUUGAAGUGGGUGUUUUUUUUGUUCUGUUUGUUUUAUUAGAUUAAUUAUAUUUUUAUUUCUGUGUUUCUGCAGAAUGGAGUCAUGUCUGGUCUCAUGCAGAUGCUUUUGUUGAAAGUUUCUGCCCACAUCACUCAGCAGCUGGGAAUGGCUCCUGGAGGAGAGUUUAGAGAGGCUUUCAAAGAGGUCAGUUACAAAGUCCACGUAACAAAUGUUUCAACUCGUUGGGCCUAAUUUUGAAUGAGAGGCUCCAGGUUGUCUAGUUGUAGAUUAUGUUCCCAAAAUGUGAAAGAUCAAAGCUUCUAGAAUACAUAACAAAACUCUACUAAGCACACAGCCGUUGAUACAAACUACUAGAAUAAAAAGCUUCAAAUACUUAAACAUAUGUGGAAAUGUCCAAUUCACUGCGCUCUUUUAGGUCUUUUUUACUAAAGCAGAGGUAGGCAGCCUUUGGUGCUACGGAUCCCCUGCAUUGCCAGCAUUCUGGGGGAGAUAAGCCUACUCCUGCACUAAAGUGAAAAUUGUUGGGAAUUCAAAGUAGAUUUAAAGUCUAAUGCCAAAAUAGCUCCAAGUCGCCAAUUCUUCAAGUAAAUCUACUUUGGCCUUACAUUCUAAAUUCACUGUGAAUUCCCAACAAUCCUCAUUUUGGUGAGAAAAACUGUGUGUGUGACCAAAUAAAGACACCAGGGGGUGCUAUUCGCAUUUUAACAGGCCUUUGUAUUGGAGGCUUAGAGAAUUGGAACUACAUAAAUGUCCGACUUGAUACUCUUUUUGAGUGUAUUGCUUUCUGUAUUGUUGUUGUUGUUGUUGUUGUUGUUAAGGUGUUUUUGUUGGGAUGUUUUACUUUUCAGGCCAGCAAAGUGCCCUUCUGCAAGUUUCACCUUGGGGACAGACCUAUUCCGGUUACGUUCAAGAGAGCCAUAGCUGCACUUUCAUUCUGGCAAAAACUGAAGCUAGCCUGGGGUCUGUGCUCCUUAUCGGACCCCAUCAGGUACGUGCAACCAGAUUCCUGGAGACCUAGCAGCCAUUCUAUUGCCAGCUUGGUUACUUGGAUCUGUGAUUCAUUUAGCAAACAUUGCAAUUCUAAUGUCAAGAUUACACGUAGAGCACAACAUAUGUUGAAAAGAGAAAGAUAGUGUCUACGGUCACAGAUGUGAUGUGAUAUUGUACUUUGUAAUAGUAUUUUCUCAGUAGAUCAGAAAAACUGAAGAGGCCCACUGAAAUCCAUAGAUGUUAAAGGGACACUAAAGCCACCAAAACAAUUUGGUUUUAUGAAGUGGUUAUAGUGUAUAGAUUGUGCCUCUGCAAUCUAACUGACCAAUUCUCUGCCAUUUAGGAGCUAAUUCACUUUGAUUAUAGAGCCCUAGCAAUACCUCUCCUGCAUGUUACCUACACAGUCUUCUUACACAUUUCCUGUAAAGUGAGAUAUGUUUUUUUUAUUUUUAUUUUUUUAUAUUUUUUUAUUUUUGUUGUGCGUAGGAUUUAUAAUACUCGCUUGUGAGGUACCCCAAAGGCAAUCCUCCAGCGCAUUAAAACAGUAGUUAAACAUAUAGGUACAUGAUAGAACAAGCACAUUUUUGUUUUUAUGGUCAUAGCGCAGGUUGUGUCUAACGCUUUGGCAUUGUGAAGACAGGCCGUGUGCUUAUAACAGUGAGUCUAGGUACAUAUAACGUUAAACAAGCUAGGUAACAUACUCAAGUCUUGUACUAUUCUGAUGUGAUGAUGAACAGGGCUGUUCAUGUGUGUUUCUCUGUUAAUCAUAGUCUAAGCAUCGUGACUAGGUUCUGUAUCGAGAUAUGCUGCUGGGUACUGAUGAGGUUAACUUAAAAUGAUGAAAGUGGAAAAUUAUAAUAAUUAACAAUGCUAGCUCUGUUGUGUUUAGUAACCAAUAAAGGGGAGCGUAUAUCAUGCCAUCUAGAGUUUUCAAAAGGUGAAUGUACUAGCUGGAUAAAUGCAGCGGGAAUUGCAUCGUGCCUCAGUGUAUGUCUCAUUUUGUUUUGGCUCAAUCAUUCCAUGCUGAGUAGACAUAUUUAAGAUAAUAACACAAUAACACAACAAGCCAUUAACUACUGUCAAAACUGACAUGCUUCUUUCUCUGGGCAAAUCCCACUGCUAACAUCGAAACGUGGAGUGGCAUGUAAUCAGACUGGCUAGCGUCAGGGCUCCAGCAAGUAAAUAAUACAGCCAAAAAGAGAGAGUUGUUUCAAGUGAGAUAGCAAAUGUUGUCCUUAGACCAUGUGGCGUCCACAGGAGUCCAGCAGGCCAGAUAGCCCCGGCACGACUCCUCCCAUGCAAGGUAAGUCCUUGGUUAGCUGACAGCGGGAAGCGCAGUGACCCUGGAGGGUGGUGUUUGGCAUGUGUGCCUGUUGGUAGGUGCCAUUGAGGUUUGCUUCUUCCCCUCCGGUGACACAUAGGGACCGGCUGUGUCUCUCGUGCAUGAGUGCUGUGGGUGGUGUGAGCCGGUAGCCGGUGUCUCCGUGGGGAGCUCGUCAUCUCUGGCUGAGAGCCGCACGAGGGCGGUCCCACCUGCACGGACUGGGUUUCAGGCAGGUGAACUCUGGUAGUGGGACAGCUCGUACUGAGUCGGGGUAUCCUCAGUCUCUUUAUUAUGAUCAGCCUCUCAGUGCCACUAAGUGGUGCAGGCUGUGGUGCUUUUGUCGCCACUAGCUUUUGUAUUGGGUCUGCGGUUGCCGAUACUUGUGCCUGUUCGGCGAGUUUCUCCCAGAGUUGCGCCCAAAAGCGAUCAAAUGCCCUUGUUAUGCUGUCCUCGUGGGGAGCCCAGAGAUCUGGGUUUCGUGUGGCGGCCAUCUUUGCAGCUAGCGUGCCGGGUUGUGGUUUCAGUUGCUUGAUGCUUUUAAACACUUGCUUGUGUCCUGUUGCUUCGUGGGGGCUGGGAUAACCCCCACCGGCCCAUAGGGGGGGAAGCGUGGCCAAGACCGUCGACGAUUUGUAGGUGAGGCGGGAGAUCGGCCGCGUCCUCCGCCUCAGUGUAGUUUGUAGGCCGCAAUGACUGUCAGAGCCCAUAAAGCUCUCAGCAGGGUGGUAGAAAUUGGUGCCGGGCCUCUCCCAUGCCUUCAGAGAUCGGGUUCAGCCGGUACUUUAUAGCAGAUAACAAGUUUUGGGCCAAUUUCUCUGUAUUUGCCGAGGAGCUCCUUCAACAUGCGUCCUGCUUGCUCGGUAGUCAGGCCCUGCCCCCGAGAUGUUUUAACUUCCUUUCUUGUACAUUCGCUUUCAUUUAAAAUUUCUUGCCUCUGUUAAUAGACCGCAGGAUUAACGUUCCAUUAUUCGAGCAAGAGAUGAAAGCUUCUAAAGUGAAACCACUGUCACAUCUGAUUUGAAAAAUAAAAUCAUCAUAAAUAAAUCUACACAUCAUCAUGGGCUAUUUAAAAGGUCUAGACGUGCUGGAUAUUCAUUGGAUACCCAUUUCCAUGUAACACGAGUCUUUCUUUUAGUGAGGAUGACGUGGAGAAGUGCAAGCAGAAGGAUUUGCUGGAGCAGAUGAUGGCUGAGAUGAUUGGAGAGUUCCCAGAUUUGCACCGUACCAUAGUCUCCGAGAGAGAUCUGUAUCUCACUUACAUGCUGAAGCAAGCUGCUAAAAGAAUAGAAUUACCAUGUACCUCUGAAAGUAAGUGUACCUUCCCUUACUAUGCGUGUCUGUCUGUAGGUUUUAUAAACAUUUGAAUUCUAAGGAAGCAGAAAGAACUGUGUACAAUAGACUUAAUGCUCUCCUAUCAUGUGAUGUGAAUGAGUAAUGGUCAAUGUUUCACAUCAAGACUUUGAUCCACCAGGCUCUCAAUCGUAUGUUCAGUUUAUCUAUGGCUAAAUACCGCACUUUUUAAAAGUAUACUCUAGCCACCAUGAUCAGUAUGGUGUGUUCUAGUGGUUAUGGUGCAAGGAUUAUAUUGGUGCAGAUUUUUUUAUGGUAACUCAUCUGUUUUAAUGAGCAGUUUCAAUAUGGAAUUAGACAUAAUUCCACAGAUCAGUGAAAUCCAGCUCCACAACUGUUUUGAUUUAUUUUCAGACAUUUCAAGCAUCGUGCACAGACAAAACUGUGAUGUAAUUGUAAUAACAUCCGUAAAGUACAAAUGACAUAAGCCUGAAUACUGAUGGGAAUAUCUUUUUAAGUUUGUGACCGAAUAAUAUUGAUUUGUAGCAAUGAUAAAUUUUUUAAUAAAAGAACCAUACAAACGGAUGAAUGAAUCAGAGCAAACAAAGAUACAUUUGCUGGAUGUACAGCAGCUGCUGUCUGGGAUGGAAAGCUGCGACAAUAUUAGAAUGGGUCUUCUAUCUCAAUAAGCAUUGCUUGUGUAUCACUGGUUUGAUUUUGAGUGUCAACCUAUUAUUUCUAUCUCUGCUGUUCUUUGUCUUUCCUGAAGCUCAAUCUCGCUCAUUAAAACGCUGCUUAGAAACGCACACUAUUCUUUAGAAUGGAGUUUAUUGACCUGAGUAUUUUAUCAUUUUGCAAAUUAUAAGCCAAAACAGCCACACUUUGCAAUUUAUUCACCCUUGUUACCUUUCUAAAAUAUCCCAUUCCUUUGUGAAUUCUCCACUGUCUCUGUUUGGAGAAUAAACCCCACCAUCUAACGCAGCAGAUGUUUGAGUAUUUGUCCUAAUUCUUCUUGUUUAUAAAAAAUACAUUUUGUUCAAUAACCCUUUUUUUUUUUUUUUAUUAUUUUCUGUUUCUACAGCAGAGCCUAGAAAAAGCAUCCCAUCCAUUGUGGUUGGAGUGGUCGGGAUGGGACAUGUGCCUGGGAUUGAAAAGAACUGGGUCAAUGACGUCAACAUCCAUGAGAUCAUGAGGUAAACACUAAUGGUGUUAACACUGGAGUGUGUUCACAAAACACUGAAUUGCAGUGAGCUGAAAUUUGAAUGGCAACAUUUAGACUAAAUGAGCUGUUCUGGAAAAGUUCUCCAUGGCAGCUAUAAUCGUAGCUUUACUAUUGUAGCCUAAAUUUGGCCAUUUGAAUAUUAAUUUGCUGGAUUUAGGAAUGUUGUGAAUAAACCCUUUUUGUGUGUCAACUGUAGCACGUCUCCCUUGCUUUAACUUUCAUUUGUGAUUAUGCCAGCAUUGAAACCUAUUUCAAGGGGACCUAAGGGCAUUGCACGGUUUGUGCUAAAUAUGAGGAGGUGGGAUAUAUUUCCCCAACUACUUCCUUAUUGGAUAGAACUGCGAACAGUCAUUUUAAAUACAAACUCUAAAAGAUUCUGGCUUCUGCCACGCUGUAGGGAGGAAUAGGAAGUGAAACUGUUCACACCAACAACAACAAACACACACACACACUUUUAUUAAAUGCAUGGUUAUUAAUGAGUAGGUAUUGCUGAUUAUUAGAAAAAAUGCAGCAAACAAGGUACAGUUAAUCAAUGUUUUGAGUUUUUGUCGUGAUGAGAAUAACCAAAGUUGAAAUGGUGACAUUAAUGGUUCAUUAUUUAAAUAAUUAUUUUUAAUUAUAUAUUUGGGCGUAAGGUAAGAGGAAGCUGUAGUUUCUGGAGUGAUGCAUAUUGGUUUCCCCCUAUUCUAUACAUUAUGGCAAGUUUGUAUAACAAUGUCAUUGUAAGGCUGGCUGAGGAUCAUCAGAGUCUGGGGAAAACGUUUUAAUAUAUACAAAAGGUAUGUGUUAAAAUAUAUUUCCUAUAAAAUACUGAAAUCCUUUUAAAGUGCUAACUUUAUGACAUAAGAGCACUUUGUGUAAGUGUUUUACUUCUGUUUAAGCCUGCAAAUUAAAUAUCCUGUAAAUUCUGUGGUAACUCAUUUUAUUAUCUGCUUUUUCUUAGUGUGCCUCCUCCUUCAACACUGAACAAGAUUGUUACUAUUGCUGUAAAAGUGACGUUCUUCGGACUCUUAGGUUACGGUUGUUACUGUAUUAGUAAAAGGACUGUUCGGAUGAUUCUCUCAGUGCCAGCCACACAAUAUUGCCUUCAAAGACUGAACCGAAUGAGCCUCUGAAGUGAGCAGUGUGCAACCUGCCCAGUCUAUAAAAUGUAAUCGAGACGAGGCACGCCAUUGAGCCACUUUUUCGAAAUUUGAUACAGGAGCAUAGUUAGCAGGGGGUUUCUCCAUUUUAAGUGAUUGUUCUGAAAUUACACCAGCCUAAAUGUAUUUCCGUAGGAAAGAUUUACAUGCUAACUGGUACCCUGGAGGCUGAGGUGUCGAUGGAUCCAUUUAAAUAUCUUAUUACAUUCUCCUUUCUUGGACUGCACUCUCUAACGGUACUAUAAUGGGUUCCCAGUGUGCACUGCAAGAGUGUUACGUGUUAUACCAAAAGUAUUCUUGUGGUGUGAAACACCAAGCAAAUUACUCUCUACUCUAGGUCUCGUGGGUGAAUUUAUGUCUGUACAUUGAGGUUUUCACUAAAUUUCUUGGUGGUUAAACACUUUCUUUAUCCUGUCCACUUAAUUAACCAAGUUUUAUAACGCUAUAACUAUAUACACUGCCUUUAAUCAUCUGAAGAAGUGCAUAUGAACACCUGUUCAGCCUUCUCAUAAUUUUACAAAAUCUAAUUAUCUAUGCAUUAAUACACAAGAGGUUUGUUGGUGGUUUAUUUUUUUAAAUUAAUUUUUAUGGGCAUAGACGGGGAGUUUUUGAUUGCUAAUAAUUGCUCAUCAAGCCUUUCUUUUGUUUAUAUAAAAAGUGUUAAAGCUGCAUUCACUAACUAUUGUGUGCUUCUAAAAUCUUUAGCUUUUAUUAGAAAACUCAUUUACACAAAUGUAUGGUCCAAACUGAAAUCAAGACAUUACUUUAAAGGGCUAUAGCUUUGUGUUUUCAUAUGUUGCUGUACUUUCUCGAUAGUGUCUGAUAACACUUUAAAGAAAGGUGACAUACAUACAAAUUGUUUGUUUCAUUUUCGGUAAAUAUCUAGUGAGUGUGACUUUAACCCUUUUUUCUUAACACGAAAGUUGGGAAGCCUUCCUUAAAAAAAACUUUAAUCAGACUUGCAAAUUAGCUCCUUUAUGGACUCAUUUUGAUAGCUCCCCUCCCCCAGAUUUAUAAAAUAUGUACUGUAAUUAGUAGUUCUUGCACCUAUCCCUGCAUGUCUUCCUUUCACAAAUCACAGUCACGUUUUUAUUCUUCUCACCAUAGAAAAUCACUGUCUAGUCCUUUUAGAGAGCGGUGUCGGGAGUUUUAUAUUUUGCAGAAAACCUAAUACGGUGUUUUACAUUUGUGAAUAUAGGGCAGAAAUAGAGGUGAACCUGCCUCAAUGUAAACAUGAAUUAUCUUGUUUAGAACAAAGAUGUUCCCUUAAAACCAUUAUUUAAAUUGAAGGAACGUGGAAUGCUAAUUUGAGCCAAUAUUUUAUUGAGCCUGUCCCUCCCAUGUGCAAUGUUUUGGAGUUUUCUCCAUGUCUGUACAGGACACUUUUUUUUUUUUUUUUUGUGUUAAAGGGACAACACAGGCUGGAGAAGACUGUAUGUAAGGAGUUAUGUAUGUGUGUAUAUAUAUUUUUUUAAAAAUUGAUAAAAUAUUCUUACUACAUUUGCAAUUUCUGCAUUCCGCUUUCCUCGCACCAGCUAGUAGUUGAAACCUCAUCCAAUCCUGGUUCUUUGUUCUGAGUGGGAGUAUUGCACUAAUUCUAUAUGUUUUCCUGCCCAGCAAGAAUUUGGGGCAUGUUUAACUUGGCACCAGGCAAUAGUAUCUUUCAAGAUGAGAGGCGCUAAUAAAAGUUGGCUUACCGAAUAGUUCGUUAUUGUGAUUGGAGUUUGUUGUUGCUACUGCACAGGCUUUCUUGGUAAGCAUUGCAGGGACGUUCAAACACUUGUAAUGUCAUUGCUUGCUCUGUGUUUGGGCCUUUUUUGUUGCUGUAAAUGUUUGGAAACAGAAUGAAGGGUAACACAAGUCACAAGGGGCUAGUGGCACCAUAACCAUUGCAUCCCACUGUAGUGGUUAUGGUGUUUAUUCUCCCUUUAACUAGUCAAUAGUGUAACAUGUAGGCCGUGUAAUUAUUUAGAGAUGAUCAUAAUGAUAAAAGCCAUGUGGCAUUAGCACGCCCAUAGUAAUAUUUUAUACAUUUUCUUGUGCUGCUGUUGUCACUGGUUUGGGUAAAGAAUGUUGACACUCUCAGAGUAGAAGAAGAGGCUUAAAACAGAACUAUUUGAUUCCCACUAAAUGUAAUGCCCUUGUCAUAGAGGCAAGUUUGUUGAAUAUGUACAAAAUAGAAUCUCUCUAUGGUUUAUGCAUUAAUAUAGGAUACAUGUGCAGAAAAAAAGCUAUUUUUAUUAGUCACCCCUGGCCUUUCCAAAUAGGACCUUCUCUGUUUACAAACAAAGCUCUCAAGCUUUAAGCUCUCAGCCAUCAGUAGUGAUGGCUGUGGGAAAGGAGGCUCUGUCUAUGGAGGUUCUUGGAGGAUAUCCUAUAGACAUCAGUGUUGUACUCCCAGCGCGAGGAGCUGGAAGGAACUUUGCAGAAAAAGAUGGAAAUGGACAUGUUCUGGUAAGUAAAAACUACCUUCUGCUGCAACCGCCGGCCACCGCACUGCAAGGCCUUUGCCUAUUUUGACACUUGGUUUUUCCCAAACCCCAUUAUUUUAGUGGAGCCCCUCGAACACAAAGUGACCUGAAUAAUGCAUUUUAUAAGAUUUAACUGGUAUUUGAAUUUUACCCUAUAUACCCUGCUAAAAAAAUUCACUUACCUAUCCUAUAUAUGCGUUUACAUAAUUAAUUUUCAAGCCCAAUUUAAAUUCUUUAGGGCAAGUGUCGGUUUCCUGAGCAUUCUGACUUGCCUAUUGGUACAAACAUAUAAUUAGCUUUUUCAAUAAUAUGCUACCGCUUAUACUUUCUUUUGUCACCCAAAUUUCAUAAUUUUUUUUCUCGCAUUUAUGAAAAUGUAACUAGUUUAGUAGUUUGCUCCUCAUGUGUUUACUGCAGAAUUUAAUCAAGCUUUGUUGCAUACCAAAAUAUUUUAGAUAUAACUUUUAAGCUAUUUCUAGGCUAUAUAAUAGAAAUUAUUGAAUAUUUCACUUUAGUUUUAUGUGUGCCUCAGGAAUUUCUAAACACUGUGUGUAUGAAUUGGAAUUUUUUCUAAUCUAUCUAUUUUUAAUUUUUAUCUCACUUUUAUAGAUUUUUAAAUUUCAUGAGUAAAUUUAUUUCUAGGUACACAUUGUUGAAAAACUACCUUGUUAAUAACUUUUUUGUCACUUGUCACUUGUCACCGAAUAAUGCAAGGAUGAAGCAGUGGUAUUUUACAUUACAUCUCAUGUUGGGCCACAUGCAGCUUAGUAAAUAUGCCCCGUAUAUUGUAUUUUCACUCUGCAGCUUGCUUUUGUGUCUUUAUUUCCAAAUUUCAAUUUUCUACUUUUAAAACCAUUGGUUCCUUUUUAGAAAUGUUUGUAAUUAAUGUUACAAUGGCUUAAUUAAGUAAACUAAUUGGGUGCCAAGUGCUGUUUGUUCAUAGAUUUUAAGAUUCACCAUGCAGCAAUUACAACAAAAUCUGGCUCUCUGAUAGAGGACUUUAAUGAGUGUAAUUUAGCCUUAUUAAAACAUUAUGUAUAAUUUGGUGGAUUUGUUUUUUUUGUUUUUUUGUGUGUGCGUGUGCUCAUAUGUGAGAUGAGCACAUACUUUCUUCGAUUACUGAAAUGUCUUUGUGAAAAAAUAAUUUAGUAGAGAUUUUUGAAGGAGGUGCCCGUAAAUUUCCAAAUUAAAUAAUAAGAAAGAUGUUAGAGCAUUGGUUUUCUAAACCAGCCAUCAAGGACAAUGGACGGUUUAGUUCCAAUGGAGAGAUUUGAUAAAACGUUUAACAUAUUGGAUAGUUGGCUGUCUUUGACUGGUACGAUUACAACUGUGGUUUUUGUCUAUUGCAUAUUGUGUAUCUAUUUUUGUGGAUGGAAGUAUAGAAGUUGUUGAAUCAAAUGUGAUAAAACUCUGUCAUUAAUUUGUUGUCCACAUUAAAAAACAAAACAAACCACACACAAACAUUUAAUAGUGCCUGUUACUACAAACUGGAAGAAGUGCAUUUAACUGUAGUUGAUUCAUAAUGCUUUGAAUUCCUUGAUUGUGUGCAUGUCAGACAUUCAGGAUUAUUCACCUAAGUGAGAAUUUCAAGUUAAGGUCAAAAUAGCUGUAUUUGAAAAAUCUGUCUGCUAUGCUUCCAGUUUUGGCUACCACGGCCUGAAAUCUGAAUUUCUCUUCGAAUUCAUUUUUUUUUUUUUUUCUCUUCCCCCCCACCCCUCUCCUUCUUUUCCUAUAAGGUCUGUCUGUCUCACUCCUUCUUGCAAUCUUGCUAUUUGUACAUCUAAUUCUUUAUAGAACGUGUACACUUACCUCCUCUCCUAUUCAAGAGAGAUGGACAAAAUAAUUGAAGAGCUCUGUAUUUUCGAUUUUGAAUUUGGACAGAUUCUGCAGUAAUUUCAACUAAUGAUCCAGAUUUACUUUGAGGCCAAGUGACUGCGUGCAGCUGCCUAUGGACAUUGUAAACACUAAAUGUUAUUCAUGUAGAACGUAUCCUUGUCUUAUAACGGCUGUCCUUAAAGGUGGAAUUUCCAAUGUAACAUUUUCAUGUCUUGUGCUAGAAAUGUUGGAUGGUGUUCCCCAAUCAGUCUGGCGGGCCAGGAAUAUUCACUCUGCAUUUUCACCUGUUUCGUAUGAACACCCUCAAUCACCACGGGGAUGGAACAUAUCUUGUUUUGAGAACAACUAAUGCAAACUAUAAAUCAUUGCUUUUCUUCACAGGAAUAUUUUUAACAUUUCCACGGUUAUUACGAUUCAAACAAUUUUAUCUGAGCUCAAAUGAAAUUUCCUUGAAACAAUUGAGAGAAUCUGAUUCAUGCUUGUGUGGUUUAUCAAUAUUGUAAUUACAAUUUAGAAAGAUUAGUGUGCAUUCUAAUCCAUAAUCCUUUAGGAAUUAGUUUAUGCAGAUCGUCUUAAAACAAUUGGUUGGAUUAUGGACUUUUAUAACAUGCCCUUUUUCGGUUCUGUUUUCUUAACACAUAUUUGAUAUUUUUCAAAGAUUCUAUAGCAAACUCUUGACAUUUAAUAAACUAAAGACCUAUUAUUCCAGUCUUCUCUGAAAACAGUAAAGCCAUAAUGUUGCGUAUGCCUGGGUCUUAUAAAGGGUGCACACGUUUGUAAAUUUUUGCAAUAGCAGCGUGCCUUUUUAAGGUUUAAAGGGGGAACAUUACGUGAUUUAUAUUCUAAAAACAAAAUAAACAAUUAUAACCAUCC